AUGUCUGGCCAAAUCAAGCAGUGGGUGACGGCCCAGGAUGGGCUGGACAACCUCAAGAUGACCGAGGGCGCGAUGCCCGUCCCGAGGGAGAAUGAAGUCCUGGUGGAGAUUCAUACGGUUUCGCUGAACUAUCGCGACACGGAAGUUGCCAUGGGCGAGUACACGCACCACAAAUCGAUGUACGGCCAGCAGAGCCUCCUCGUGCCCUGCUCCGACAUGUGCGGUGUCGUCACACAGGUUGGCAAAGGUGUGACGUCGUGGAAAGUCGGCGACCGCGUGCUCUCCACCUUCAACCAGGCCCAUCUGUCCGGACAGAUAACAUCAAAGGAGAUGACCUCCGGUCUGGGUCUGCCCCUGCCAGGCGUCCUCACGACACACCGUGUCUUCCCUGAGUACGGACUCGUCCGGGCCCCGGAUUACUUGACCGACGAAGAGGCCUGCACGCUUCCGAUUGCCAGCGUGACGGCGUGGAUGUCGCUCAACUGGAUGAGGCCGAUCGGACAGAGCGGAGGCGCGGGAGAAUAUGUCCUCCUGCAGGGGACGGGAGGUGUUUCUAUUGCUGGACUGCAGAUUGCAAAGGCUAGCGGUGCAAAAGUGAUCAUCACCUCGUCCUCCGACGAGAAACUCGCACAUGCCAAACGGCUAGGCGCCGACUUCGUCAUCAACUACCGCAACCAGCCCAACUGGCAGGAGGAAGUGCUGAAGCUCACGGACCAGCACGGCGCAGACAUCAUCCUUGAAACCGGCGGCGCGCAGACGCUGCGGAAGAGCUUCGACUGCGUCGCCUGGGGCGGCCUGAUCAACUGCAUCGGGUAUCUGUCCGGCAAAGUGGACGAGCCGGACGACCGGACGAACGUCAAUGUCCUCGCCUUGCGACGAAACGUCACCUUGAAGGGCAUACUGAAUGGACCCCGCGACCGGUUCGAGGAGAUGAUCGCGUUCUACGAGCGGCAUCGCAUCCGGCCGGUGGUGCACCGCGUCUUUGCGUUUGAGGAGGCCAAGGAGGCGUUCAAAUAUCUCUUCAGCGGCUCGCACUUUGGUAAGGUCGUCAUUAGAGUGAAGUAA